CGCACAAACACAUCACAGAUUCGACAGCUCAUGCAUACCUCUCCUCAUGACCGCAGGUGGUGACGCCGUCUGUGCAUCGAGCUCCAUCACAGGAUGAGAGGAUGGCGCGGAGGAAAGAUGCUGAUGCUGCUGCGUGCGGACAGAAGCUGAUGCAAGAGGAGAAUGAUGCCGAACUCUCUCUGGAAGAGAUUUUACAUCUGUACAAGCAGCCCAUAAACGAGGAGCAGGCAUGGGCUGUGUGUUACCAGUGCUGUCGCUCUUUAUCGAAGGAAAAUCGCGGUUCUAGUGGCACCUCUGGUUCCGAUGGCCCAUCAGAUGUGAUGAUUUAUAAAGACGGAGCCGUGCGGUUACAUUUCAGAGGUACUCGCAAUCCCCCCCGAUCGUCAACACAGGUGAUCGAGUCUCUAGGCAUUAUGAUUUAUAAGGCUCUGGAUUAUGGCCUGAAAGAGAACGAGGAGCGUGAGCUGAGUCCUCCACUGGAGCUGCUCAUUGACCUCAUGACGAAUGUUGUCGACACAGAGAGCGAUUCCUGCCCUGAUGAAGGCUACGCUGCUACUGAAGAAGAGGAGGAUAAUGGAGAGGAGAAUCCCGCCCAUCCCUGCCGCAUCCGCGGCUACUGUGACAUCAUCAAGCUGUGCUCCCUUCACCUGCCGACACCCGCAGACGCGCCUGCUCACUAUCAGGCCGUGUGUCGUGCUCUCUACGCCGAAACCAAAGAGCUAAACACCUUCCUGAAGAAGAUCAAGAGUGCCAAAGAGAACCUGCGUAAGAUGGAGGGCGACACCGUCGACGAUUCGGGAAGGGACAUAAACGAGCUGCAGAAUGCUGAUUGGCCGUGGUUUUGGGUGCAGGUCAUGCGAGAUUUGAGGAACGGUGUGAAGCUGAAGAAGGUUCAGGAACGGCAGUUUAACCCGCUGCCUAUCGAGUUCCAGCUGACGCCUUACGAGAUGCUUAUGGACGACAUCCGCGGUAAACGCUACAGACUACGCAAAGUCACGGUGAGUGGAGAUAUUCCUCCCAGGUUAAAGAAGAGCGCUCAUGAGAUCAUACUGGAGUUCAUCCGGUCCAGACCGCCCCUAAACCCCGUAGCUGCACGCAAGCUUAAGCCGCAGGCCGAACGUCCUCCCUGCCUUCAUGAACGCAUACUGGAGGAAAUCAAGUCAGAGAGGAAGUUGAGACCUGUAUCGCCUGAUCAGAUCCGGAGGAGUCGAUUCGUAAUGCGACCUCUUAGCAUGUCUCAGAGUUUUGAUUCAUCAGAUGUGUCGUGUUCUGACCGGGCGAGGAAUGUCUCCGGCACGCUGUCGUUGGCCAACGGCGUGUCGCUUCAGCAGAACAGCUCGGGCGGCUUUCAGAGGAAGCGGCUUCAAGCGCCAACGCUGGCUGAACUCACCAGCUCAGAUUCAGAUGAUGAGACCAUAGGUCUAAGGUCAGCCAGCUGUUCCAGCCUCUCUACAUCGAUGGUGGACGACACAUCAGCAGAAUCUGUCUUGGGGAAAAAGACUCCGCCCAUGUUCCUGCCCAUCUCGUCCACCCCGCAGCCAGAACGCCGUCAGCCCUCCCAGCGGCGGCACUCCAUAGAGAAGGAAAUGCCCACUAGUGUGCGCCAGUUCCUGCCUCCCUCCAAAAAAAGCUCCAAAUCUUUAGAGGAAUUUUGCUACCCCGUCGAGUGUCUGUCUCUGACAGUCGAGGAAAUCAUGCACAUUCGGCAGGUUUUGGUCAAGGCAGAACUGGAGAAAUUUCAGCAGCAUAAAGACAUCUACAACGCUCUGAAGAAGGGGAAGCUGUGCUUCUGCUGUCGAACCAAAUGUUUUUCCUUCUUCACGUGGUCGUACACCUGUCAGUUCUGUAAAAGGCCCGUGUGUUCACAAUGCUGUCAAAAAAUGCGUCUGCCAUCGAAGCCCUACGCCAGUCUACCCAUUUACUCACUGGGCCCAUCUACUUCAUCUCUAACAUGGGAUACAGCGGCCCAAAAACCAGAGAAGCCCAGCAUGAACCAUCAUCACCCCAGCCUGCAUAGAACCAUCUCCAGAUUAUCGAAGCAUUCGCAGCAGUCGUCCUCAUCGCAGGAGGAGAUGGAGUUUCCGAAAGAGCUGACGGAAGACUGGAACGCCAUGGAGGUUUGCGUCGACUGCAAGAAAUUCAUCUCUGACAUCAACGCGUCCAGCAAGCACAGUCUCUCUCUGGCCAACAAACGCGCUCACUUUAAACGCAAGACUCAGUCCUUCAUUGUGUCUUCUGAGAACGGUGCAGAAUACCGGCCGUCGGAGCGAACGAUCCAUGAAGUUUAGACAUGCGGACCAGAGGUCGGAUGUAUAGAUCUGUCUGUGAACAGAGUUGUACAGAGCCAAUAAACUCCUUCAGCGUGUUGAAGUUCUUCCAUGCAAACAAAAACAUGGUCAGUUUUCGACUGUAUUUUGUGCUAUAACUAAUGUACAGUGUGACUUUCUCUGGACCUGCUGUCACACAGAAAGUCACUUUUGCAUUUUUUAAGUCAACAUGUAAACCGUUUUACGUGCUGUAACUUCCUGGAUAGUUCGUACUCACAAGGUCAGAGAUCAAAAUCCUCAAGUUAAACUAAAUUACUACCACUAAAUGUUUGUUUCCGCCAUGAUUCAUAAAUCGGCACAUCCACGACUCGGAAAGUCGGGGCGCUAAGAACUUUACUACUUAAUGGUGGCAUUCAUGUGCGCUCAAGUCGUAAAUCGUGAUCAUUCUGACACGAUUUGAAUGGACCUGUGACGAUGAGGAGGGCGGGGCUGGGCCGUGAGUACACAGGGCCGGCCCCCAAUCAGGCUAAUCAGCCGAGGAGAGGGAUAAGGCCGAGCCGGAUGCGGCAGUUUGGGAGAGAGAGAGCCACACCCAGCUGCCGUGUGUGUGUGUGUGUGUGUGUCAUUAAAUAUUACUUUGACUGUUCAGCCAGUUCCCGCCUCCUUGCCCAUUUAAACCCUGUUACAUUGGUGCCUAAACCAGGGAAAGACCAUACGCCAAAGGAGCAGCCACGGCCGUCCACCGGGGGUCGCUUUUGGCCAUCUGGCUGUGGAGGAACGGCCGCUGUCUGCGAGGGGAGGAGGGGCUCGUUGCCGGCCGCCAGGGGCAGAGGGGCUUGCUACCAUCUGCCAGAACACGGAGGGGCGUUCCAUCCGCUAGGGGUCGAAGGACUCGCUCCGGUCCACCCAGGGAGGAGCGGCUGUUGUCCGCCAGAGGGUGGAGGAGUGGUUGAGGACCGGGCGACGGCAUGUCGGGAACAGGCGAGCAAUAUUUUUUCUCUCGCACUCUCACUGUCACUCAGACUCGCCAUUUCCCUCUCCACCUUUCCCUCCCCUUGUCUCCCUCCAAGGUCUCGAAGGGCAGGGAAGGAGGGAGGAGUGUGACGAGGAGGAGUGCGGGGCCGGGCCGUGAGUGCACAGGGUCGGCCCUCAAUCAGCCGAGUAGAGGGAUAAGGCCGAGCCGGAUGUGGCAGUUCAGGAGAGAGAGAGCCAAACGCAGCUGCCAUGUGUUUCCGUCUCCUCCUUGGCCAUUUAAACCCUGUUACAGGCCCAUUAUUUCCAAGUACCACAAACACAAUAGGGCGGGACUUGAUUUUAUUCCUCUGGAGUUGAUUGGACGGUAAAACAUAAAUGUUGGCAUUUUAAACCCCCCGCCCCUCCAUCUCUGCUGCAUGUUAACAAAGGUUAAGAACAUUAUUACCUUUUGAUUUUAAUUUGCAGUAUCAUUCAAAUAAGACCAGGAACUUAGGUCCAUUUUGAUUUCAUGAUUUCAUGUUGACUUUAAAUGUGAAUGCUUGUUUGAUGGCACCCCUGAGAGUCAUUCUGUGGGUCUGAUUUUGGGUCAUUCAUAUGGACAGAGAGUCUGUGCAUUUAAACUGAAUUUUAUUCAUUUAUUGACGGGUAUGAAAAGGUUAGCGCAAGUUUAUAACCAUUCAAAUUUGCAUUUAUUUUUUAGUAAUUAUGUUGGUUUCAUUUUUGCAUAUCAAUGCUUUUUAAGUGAGGUGAUAUGUGCAGCUUUUCAAUUCAUAUUUCAAAUAGUUUAUAUGAUGAUGAUGAUGAUGAUGAUGAUGAUGAUCGUGAGCCUUGGUACCAAAAUCUCAUUCCAAAGUUGUGAAGCGUUCGGAUGAGGUAAUGCAUUAUUGUCUGUGGGUCAAAUGUCAUUGUGAUUUUUUUUUUUUACACAUUAUCCCUUUAGAUGUUAUUUAAAUAUGGUCUAAAUGCAUCAAUCACACACAACACAAACUUUGUUUAAAAGCUGAGGUUGCAUGCACCAAACAUACAUCAACUGAGCUGUUUUUUUUUAUAUAUAUAUAUAUUUUUUUUUAUUUAUCUGGGGAUUGCAUAAUAGUUUGCAUUAUAUGUUUAUAACUGAUAUCCAGCGUCUCACUUUAAAAAAAAAAAAUACAUUAUUAUUAUUUUUUUAUAUAUAGUUUUUUUGUCAUUAUACUGUUGUGGUAAAACAAAGUGUUUCAGAAAGUGCACCUGAAAAUAAAUAUUUUGGCCUAUUUUUAAGAUUUACGCGUUUCAGUUUCAUAACAAAAUUCUAUAAAAUUUAAUUAAUGCGUAACAAAAUUAAGUUAUUGAAACUUAAAAUAUUU